AUGGCCGCAUACAAGGUGCGAGUUACGACGGGCAACGUUUGCGAUUUGGGCACCUUCGAUUCAACUUCUGUCACCUUGGUGGGCACCGAAGGCGAGAGUCCCAAAACCACGCUGGGCACCCGGAGUCCUAGUUUCCGUGGAGACAUGGAGACCGAAUACGAAAUCACUUGUGAACGCCCCCUGGGGGAGAUCGUUCUUCUCCGUCUCCAGAAAGAGGCUUUGAGGGACGAUAAAUCGGACCACUGGUAUUGCGAUUUUGUCACGGUGAUGUCGGCGGAAGAGGUGACCUACAACUUCCCUUGCUACCAGUGGAUAGAGGACUCCUGGCCACUAGAGCUGAGAGAAGGAACUGAGCAUGUCGUGGAAUAUUGGAAGAGGGACGAAUUCUUUGGCUAUCAAUUCUUAAAUGGGCUGAACCCGACUCUCAUCCGGUUAUGUGCCCAGAUCCCGUCUAAAUUUCCCGUGACUCAAGAGAUGGUCGCCGCAUCGCUCAGUGACUCCACCACCCUGCAGGAGGAGCUGAAUAAGCAGCGGAUCUUCCUGAUGGACUACCACAUCUUGGAAGGCCUUUCUCCAGGGAUAAAUAAUGGACGUCUACAGCAUAUAGCAGCUCCAUUGUGUUUGCUACACUUGUCCUCUGAAGGACACCUCAUGCCUCUGGCCAUCCAGCUCAGCCAAUCUUCCUCAUCCCCCAUCUUCUUGCCCAGCGAUCCGGAAUGGGACUGGAUCCUAGCCAAGACCUGGGUGCGCAAUUCGGACUUCCACAUCCACCAGGUGCUCACCCACAUACUCCGGACGCACCUGCUGGCGGAAGUGUUCACCAUAGCCACCCUUCACCAACUUCCAAUGUGCCAUCCUCUCUACAAGCUUCUGAUCCCUCACACCCGCUUCACUCUUCACAUCAACACGUUGGCAAGGACCCUCCUGAUUGCCAAAGGAGGAGUCUUCGAUAAGGCAACUGGCACGGGGUUUGAGGUCUUCAUGGUGUCCAUGGGAUGUUCAUCUGACAAUUGGGGGUGGAAAGAGUUUGCUCCGGGAGUGCCGUAUUGUCUAGACGUCAACUCGUCUGAGGAGCUGGAGACCAACGUCAAAUUCUCCUGCAUCAAGGCGGCCAUCUUCCAUGAAAAUUCCAAGAGCAAGUAG